CAAACUCCUAGACAAAAAAAACAGUUUUUAAGCAAACGUUGAUUGUUUGUUGUGCAAAUAACUUUAGUUUAUUUGCACAAAAAUAUGCUGUCUGGGAUGAACCAGGGCUGACACAACCCUUAUCAGGCUAAUUGAGGUGUAGAUAAUGGGACAAAAAAGUCAUAGUUCACCCUGAUAAUACAAUAUAAGACCAUGUGUUGACUUUUAGCUUUGCCAGUGGAUUCUUGGAGAAAGCCAGGUACUGUACACUUACAUUCUUCAUCAUGUAUUCUGUAUUAUUUUAGUUUAACUGAAUUUUAAAUGGUAAUUUUUAGCUGUUUCCUGUUAUUUUACAAAACUAAAUUAGUUUGAAGGAACCAUUAAUGUCUAGUUGACAUGGUGUUAUUUUUUUUCUUCACUUUUCUUGCUAGGUGAGACAGCUGCCUGAGUCAAAGAGGAAAAAUGAAGAAAUCUGACAUUCGAAAGGCAAAUAAGGAAGACGGUGAAAACAAAAAUAAAAAGAAAAAGGAAAAUGCACUGAGUGUUGGAUACUUUCAACUGUAUCGAUUCGCCACCGGGAGGGACACAGUGAUGAUGGUGGUCGGCGGCUUUUGUGCCCUCAUCCACGGCGCCGCCACACCACUCAUGCUGCUGGUCUACGGCAUGAUGACAGACACAUUUGUGGCUUAUGAGCUCGAGGUGCAGGAGCUUAAAGACCCAAACAAGGAAUGCUUAAACGACACCAUCUAUUGGAUAAACGGUUCCAUUUAUGAAACAACUGACAACCAAACGGUGACCUGUGGAGUGAACAUUGAGGGCCAGAUGACCCAGUUUGCAUAUUACUAUAUCGGCAUAGGGUCAGGAGUUCUGCUUGUUAGUUACUUCCAGAUCAUGUUCUGGGUGUCAGCAGCUGCAAGACAAACUCAGAGAAUCAGAAAAACGUACUUCAGAAGAGUGAUGCAGAUGGAGAUUGGGUGGUUCGACUGCAACUCUGUGGGUGAACUCAACACCAGGAUUUCUGAUGAUAUUAACAAGAUUAGCAACGCCAUCGCCGAUCAGGUUUCUAUUUUCAUUGAGAGGAUCUCCACCUUUAUUUUUGGCUUCAUGGUGGGAUUUAUCGGAGGGUGGAAGCUAACAUUGGUGGUCGUAGCAGUCAGCCCCCUGAUAGGAAUGGGAGCUGGACUCAUGGCCAUGGCUGUGGCCAGGUUGACAGGAAGAGAGCUGAAGGCCUACGCAAAGGCGGGCGCUGUGGCGGACGAGGUGCUGUCAUCCAUCAGAACUGUUGCAGCGUUUGGUGGGGAAGAAAAGGAAGCUGAGAGGUACGACAGAAACCUGGUAGAGGCUCAGAACUGGGGAGUGAAGAAGGGCUCGAUCAUUGGAGUUUUUCAAGGGUACCUGUGGUGCAUCAUCUUCCUCUGUUAUGCUUUAGCCUUCUGGUAUGGAUCCAAGCUGGUCAUUGACAGCAAAGAGCUGUCUCCUGGUAAUCUCAUUCAGGUUUUCUUUGGCGUACUCAUAGCUGCUACAAACCUGGGUCAGGCCGCUCCGUGUUUAGAGGCUUUCGCCUCUGGACGCGCAGCAGCAAAGACCGUCUUUGAAACCAUUGAUAGGGAACCAGAGAUUGACUGUUUGUCAGAGGACGGCUACAAACUCGACAAAAUCAAGGGUGAUAUUGAGUUCCACAACGUCACUUUCUACUAUCCAUCUCGACCAGACAUAAAGAUUUUGGAUGAUCUAAACCUACACAUCAAAGCUGGAGAAACAACUGCUUUUGUUGGGCCAAGUGGAUCUGGAAAGACCUCAGCUGUCCAGCUGAUCCAGAGAUUUUAUGAUCCGAAGGAAGGAAUGGUGACUUUGGAUGGCCAUGAUCUCCGCUCUCUAAACAUUCAGUGGCUCCGCUCUCUCAUUGGCAUUGUGGAGCAGGAGCCAGUACUGUUUGCUACAACCAUCGCUGAGAACAUCCGAUAUGGCCGACCUGGAGUUACAAUGGAAGACAUCAUCCAGGCAACGAGAGAAGCUAAUGCUUAUCAUUUUAUUAUGGAUUUACCCCAAAAAUUUGACACUCUGGUGGGUGAGGGUGGAGGCCAGAUGAGUGGAGGACAGAAACAGAGGAUCGCCAUCGCUCGGGCUCUUGUUCGAAAGCCAAGGAUCCUUCUGCUCGACAUGGCCACAUCUGCCCUAGACAAUGAGAGCGAAGCCACUGUGCAGGAAGCCUUGAAUAAAGUACACACAGAAAGGACAACAAUCUCUGUGGCACAUCGACUUUCCACAAUUCGAAGUGCAGACGUGAUUGUUGGGUUUGAGCAUGGACGGGCGGUGGAGAAAGGAACUCACAGGGAGCUGCUGGAAAGGAAGGGUGUCUACUUCACCCUCGUCACCCUACAGAACCAAGGAUCUUCUAACACAGCUCAGGAUGAGAUUAGUGAAGAAUCUGAAGAGGAAAUUGGUUUUAAACUGGGGGAUUUUAAACGCUCCAGCUGCAGAUCCAGUGUGAGGAGCUCGGUGCGGCUGCGAUCUCAGAGCAAACUGUCAAGUGAUUUUGUCCCUGACUUUGUGUCAGGCAGCCUCAAGAUCGCUUCAGACGUGGACACUCCAGCAGAAAAUAGUCUUGAAAAGGACGCAGAUGAGCAUAAGGAAUCUGCUUCAGUUGCACGAAUCCUGAAGUACAACCAGCCUGAAUGGCCGUACAUGCUGCUGGGCUCACUGGGAGCUGCCAUCAAUGGCUCAGUCAACCCAAUCUAUGCCGUCCUGUUCAGCCAGAUUCUUGGGACUUUUUCCAUCCCCGACCUGGAUGAGCAGAGGAGGCAGAUAAAUGGGAUUUGCCUUUUGUUCUGUGUUGUGGCUGUGAUCAGCUUCUUUUCCCAGUUUAUUCAGGGAUUUUCUUUUGCUAAGUCUGGAGAGCUGCUGACCCGCCGUCUAAGAAAAGUGGGCUUCCAGGCCAUGCUAAAACAGGAAAUCGGAUGGUUUGACGACCCUGAAAACAGUCCUGGAGCUCUGACCACCAGACUGGCCACAGAUGCAUCCAUGGUCCAGGGGGCAACCGGUUCUCAGAUUGGCAUGAUCAUCAACUCACUGACCAGCAUUGGAGCCUCCUUCAUCAUCGCAUUUUACUUCAGCUGGAAACUAACAUUGGUAAUCCUGGGCUUCCUCCCACUCAUUGGCCUGUCAGGUGUAUUCCAAGCCAAAAUGUUGACAGGUUUUGCAAAAGAAGAUAAAAAAGCCAUGGAGGCUGCUGGUCGGGUCUCCAGUGAGGCUCUUGGCAACAUUCGGACUGUUGCAGGGUUGACCAAAGAGCGCUCCUUUGUGGAAUCAUUCGAGGAGAAACUAGAGCUCCCAUAUAAAUCUGCCAAGAAGAGGGCCAACAUCUAUGGGCUCUGUUUCGGCUUAACUCAGUGUGUCAUCUUCAUGGCAUACGCUGCUUCAUUUAGGUUUGGGGGCUACCUGGUCAGAGCUGAGGGGCUACAGUACAUGCUGGUUUUUAGGGUGAUUUCGGCUGUGGUGAUCAGUGGGACGGCCCUGGGAAGAGCCUCCUCCUUCACUCCUGAUUACGCAAAAGCCAAAACUGCAGCCGCUCAGUUUUUCAAACUGUUGGACAGAGUUCCAAAGAUCAGCCACACAGAUGGAGAGAAAUGGGAAAACUUCAAAGGAGAAGUAGAGUUCCUAAACUGUAAGUUUACAUAUCCAACUCGACCAGACACCCAAGUGCUGAAAGGCCUGGUGGUUUCAGUGAAGCCGGGCCAAACAUUGGCACUGGUUGGAAGCAGCGGUUGUGGGAAAAGCACUGGUGUUCAGUUAUUGGAGCGGUUCUACGAUCCUGAUGAGGGCAAAGUGUUGAUUGAUGGCCGCCCAUCCUAUUCUGUCAGCGUGCCCUUCUUGAGGUCUCAGAUCGGCAUCGUGUCACAGGAGCCAGUUUUGUUUGACUGCAGCAUUGCCGAGAACAUCCAGUAUGGAGACAACAGUCACAGAAUUAACAUGGAAGAGAUUGUAGAGGCGGCAAAGACGGCUAAUCUUCACGACUUUGUGAUGACUCUGCCAGAUAAAUAUGACACUCAGGUUGGAGCUCAGGGCUCUCAGCUCUCCAGAGGACAGAAACAACGCAUUGCUAUUGCCAGAGCUAUUAUCAGGAACCCCAAGAUUUUGCUUUUAGACGAAGCAACUUCUGCCCUUGACACAGAAAGCGAGCAGAUCGUCCAAUCUGCUUUGGAUGAGGCCAGAAAAGGACGCACCUGCAUCGUCAUUGCUCAUCGACUGUCAACCAUCCAGAAUGCUGACAUCAUAGCUGUGAUGUCUCAUGGAGUCGUCAUAGAGCAAGGCACUCAUGAUGAACUUAUGGCCAAGAGAGGUGCCUACUAUAAACUAGUCACAACGGGAGCUCCAAUCAGCUGAACGUCUACAAAGUAACAGCUAAACAAGCAAACAAAGUUCAGCGCACAAGAAAGAAAACUAUGAGGAAAUGAGGGAGACAAAUACCUGGCUGCAGCCUCAUGUAUUUUCAUGCUACAUUAAAUAUCUUAACACAUCUGCAAAAGGGCAGUGUUCCCUUCACAGAACAGAUACCAGGUUUAUAAAUUAAAAUACCAGCUUAUGUAAGCAAGAGUUUGAUGUUGUCCAUCCUUCAAAAAUCAUGUAUUUGAAUUAUAUUUAAAGUUUAAACCACCAUACGAGUAAAAUAAAAAACUUUACGUGGAAAAAAAACACCACAGAAAUCAACAUUUCUCUGCUUUUACAUGAGAAAUCAAACCUUGACUUUCUUAAAUGGGUAAGAAAAUAAAAAUAUCAAGAAUAUUGCCACUGUUCCUGCCAUUUGUAACAAAAUUGUUAAAUGAUUUUAUUCAGUGGAUUAAUAUUUAGAAAUUAUUAAAAAAAUCUAAAACAUAAUUGAAAAAAAUAUUACCCUUUGUGAUUUAAAACCUACUGGGAGGUAUCGUCAGGAAUGGGUGGUGUAGAACCCAGAAUCCAGGAGAUCAGGCUGAAUGGCAGUAACAUAAAAAAACAAAACACUUUAAUAAACUUAAACAUGAACAAAAUGAAUCACAAGGAAGAAAUGAAAAGCAAAGCCGGUUUUCUGACAAGAAUGACCUGAAAAACAGAAGAGGAUCAUCAACAUAAAUGAAGACAGAAAGAACCCUGAAAACCUGACAAAUAAAUAUGAAAACAUGACUAAAUAUAAAAUCCACAAUCCUCACUGAUAGGGGGCUUUCAAAUUAAAGUUGAACUUUGUGUUUAUUACACAGUUUAGCUUGAGAGGAGAUAAUAUUUGGAGAGAAAAAACAUUUAAGAUAAGUAAAAUAAAUUAUGUAAUAACUAGAAGAAAGUAAAAAAAAACGUAGAAAACGCAAAUGACAUAACUGUUGUAAGGAUUCUACCAACAAAUGUAUAUAGAUAAAUAUAAAUAUUUGUGUUUUCUAUUGUUAAUCAUGCAAAUCCUUUGUAUAUUUUUGCAAUAAUUUGUUUUUAAUUAUUUAACAUGAUAAAAAAUAUAUAUAAAUACUGUUGCAUGCAUUUUUAGACUUUUGUAAGUAACUAAAAUGUAUUAAAAACUUUUACAUUUUUGUCUUUCAA